GACGGGCGAGGCUGGCGGCCAUCAGCGGACUAUGCUGGCUCUCCUGGACGCCGCGGCCCUCAUGCUGGUCGCCGGGGCACCCUGGGUGUCGCCUGCAGCCGCAGGUGGAAAUACUCUCCAGUCUCCAGAAAACGUGGAGGUGCACAUUAUAGAUGACACUUUUACCCUGAAGUGGAGUCGGAGCGAUGACUCUGUUGGGAACGUGACUUUUUCAGCUGAGUACCAAAUGUCUGGAAUGGAUAAUUGGAUAAACUUGCCUGGGUGUCAGUCUAUUACUGGUACCAGAUGCGACUUUUCUUCAGACGAGCUAGAUGUGUUUGAACAAGUUACAUUACGUAUAAGAGCAGAAAAGGGAAAUGAAACUUCUCCGUGGCAAGAAGUUGAAUCAUUUGUCCCAUUUCAAAAAGCUCAGAUUGGCCCUCCAAAAGUGCAUUUGGAAGCUGAAGAUAAAGCCAUCGUAAUUAGCAUCUUGCCUCCUGGGACAAAAGAGAGCCUCAUGUGGGCUAUGGAUAGUUCGAGCUUCAAGUACCGCUUGGUUAUCUGGACGAAUUCCUCUGGUGCAGACAAAAGGAUUGAGACUGUUUAUCCCAGAAGUAAAAUUUAUAAACUCUCACCUGAAACUACUUACUGUUUACAAGUGAAGGCAUACCUCCGUGUGCCGAGAAAGAACGGCAUGUACAGUCCCGUGUAUUGUAUCAGCACCACAGUUGAAAGUAAACUGCCUCCACCAGAAAAUCUAAAAGUCGAUUCAAAAAAGUCGAUCUGUAGUCUUAAAUGGGAUACUGCAGAUGAAAAUACGACCUUUCAAGUUCAGUGGCUCCAUGCAUAUUUAAAAAAAAUUCCUGGGAACCAUUCAGAUAAGUGGAAAACAAUACCUGGCUGUGAAACUCUGGAAACCACACAGUGUGUCUUUCCUCCAAAUGUUUUCCCGAAAGGAAUUUACUUUUUCCGGGUGCAGGCAUCUAAGGGAAAUAGCACUUCUCGCUGGUCUGAAGAGAAAGAAUUUUACAUUGAUACGCAAACGGUCGUCCUUCCUCCCGUCAUUCGUAUGAAAUCCAUCAAUGGCUCGCUGAACGUCUAUAUCGGUGCUCCAAAAGAAAAUAAGUCUGUGAACCCAAAUUACCCACUUACUUAUGAAGCUCACUUGUGGAAGAACACUUCCAAUGCUCAGAUCAAAACUAUACAAACAAAAACGGAUUUUAUUAUUCCUAAUGUGGAACCACGGACUGUAUAUUGCAUUAAAGCCAGAGCACUUAUUGAGGAUGAAAAAUGGAAUACAAGCAGUGUUUUCAGUGAAAUUGUGUGUGAGGAAACAAAACCAGAAACCAUACCCGUCAAAUGGCUUAUCGCUGGAAUCUGCAUUGCGUUAUUUUGCACCCCGUGUGUCUUCUAUAGCCUGAAAGGCCUCCUGAGGUGUAUCAAUUAUGUAGUCCCCCCUUCGAGGAAACCGCCGCCCUGUAUCCAAGAGUAUUUAUCAGAACAUUCGCUGAAGAACCUGCUCCUUUUGGCGUCUGAGGAACAAACCGAGAGAUGUUUCAUCAUUGAAAGGGUGAACCCUCUUCCCCCCACAGAAGAAGAAACCAAUCAAAUGGACGAAGAUCACAAAAAGUACAAUUCCCAAACGAGUCGAGAUUCAGGGAACUAUUCUAACGAGGACGAAAACAGCGGCAGUAGCACAAGUGGAGAAUUGCAGCAGGCGAUCGUGUGACUGGAAACCAGUGCUCACGUCGUAGGAAAGUUGGUGGGAGUUUUUCGGGGGGCUGAGUGACUUGCUUUUUCUCAGUCACUAACAAGUGGAUGUUUGCUUGUUGGGGAAGAAGAGAAAAAUCUUCAAGUCAGAGGUCCUAAAACUACAGAUCAGCACUGAACUGUCUGAAGAUGCAAAUACAGAAGUUUGGAGGACAUUUUAACCACCUUCCUUUCCACCUCUAAGGUCUUGAGAGACUACUUGUCCUUGGCCCUGCCUUUGAUGAACUACACUGAGUCAGGAAGGUGGCCAACUCCCUUGCUAAUGUAUCCUCAGCUUCCCUUGGCUAACUGUACUUGUGGAACGGGAUCUCUCUGUGCUCCGGCCAGGAGGUAACUGAGCACCCUGCUGCUAUCUCAGAGAGGGUGGCUCACACCCACAGCCGCUCCACAGAAGAAUGAUGGUUCUCCCUAUAGGUGUACUGCCGUCGAAACCCUUUGGGGAAGUUCUACCCUCCCCUGGAUGGCUAUGUGAGUCAAUCUCCUCGCCAGCUGCGAUUUGGGUUUGAACUUUCAGAGAAUGCUGGUUACUGCAUGUGCCUUCUGUUGAUCCCCCACUCCCAGUAUUACAUAUACUUCCUCACAUUCCCAAGGGACAUCAGGAACAUUGGGUCUUUUCUCUCAGAGGUAGGCCUUGAAGGAGUUACUCUAGAAAAUGGCACCAGAUGCCAGAAAGAUCAACAAAAAUUGCAGGGUCGUUCUAGCCACUUCCCUCUAGGACCAUUGGCCUUGUAUCGCAGUUACCUACCCGUCCCGUGGCUUAGGAUGAAAGCCAAGAGUCUCUGCCGCACAUCCAGACUUCCUGAUCGAUAGCUGAUUCAUUAAGCCGAUCACAUGAUGAGAGUUUGCAGUCACUAAAGUUAAAGGAAAAUGGGUGCUGAUCUGAUGAGAAACAUGAUUUUUGUGAGGUUGGGAGCAUGCAGAGGGAAGCCCUAGCUUCUGUAAAGACCUUUGGGGCCAGAAAAUGCUGACGGGGGGAAACCAUGGAACUUGGAACAAAGUACCUAUCUGUUAAAAAUACAAAUAAUGCUCUCCAAAGGCAUUCUAUAGCUUAUUUUAAUUCCUCGAGAUUUGGGAUUUCCUAUGGACUGCUUUCGAACAAAGGAAGUGGCCUCUAGGGCAUAAUGCUAAUGAGCUGUUACUCUGUGGACCAGGGAG